AUGAAAGAUGCUGGAUUAACACUUAAAGAAGGAGGUACACCAUGCAUUUUACUAUCCUCAUAUAUUGGGAGUCCAAGAAACAUAUAUGAAAUCUAUCAAGAUUCAAUGGCAAAUACACACUUUAACUAUCAUGCUUAUGUUUUUCUCACUAUGACUGCCAGUCCGAAUUGGCCAGAAAUUCAAGGCGAGCUUCUACAACACCAAUAUGCAUGCCAUCGUCCUGAUUUAUUGGCACGAGUUUUUGAGUUAAAAAGGAAUGAUCUCAUGAAUGAGAUAGCCAAUAAUAAUGUGUUUGGAAAAGUUGUUGGUCAUGUGCACACCAUUGAAUUUCAGAAACAUGGAUUACCACAUAUGAAUUUACUAAUAUUCUUGGAGAAAUCAGACAAAAUACGUACAGUUGAUCAAGUAAAUAAAUUUGUUUCGGCCGAAUUUACAGAUGAGAAGAAAGAUCCACUCCUAUUUAAUACAAUAAGGAAGUGUAUGGUGCACGGUCCAUGCGGUGAUGGGAAUCCAGGGUCCCCUUUAGACGGUGGCGGGUAUCCAGUAUACCGACGUAGUAAUGAUGGAAGAUAA